GAGCAGCGACGUACAGCCAACUUAGCGAGUGCGUCUACUGUCAACAACAUCGAAUAUUCGCCACAAUGUCCAUGUCAAACGAGGCCUUGCAGAAGGUUCUACAAGAGAUCAGCCAAAAGAAAGCCUUCGCCGAACAACAACUCGUCAUCGUCAAACAACAAAAGGCCGCUCGGACACGAGAAGGGCGUAUGCUCCAGCUUACGUCUUCUGAAGUCUCAUCGCUGCCUGCCGACAUAAAGGUGUACGAGGGCGUCGGAAAGAUGUUUGUUUGCACUCCGAUCUCAGACGUGCAGAAGAGACUGAAGGAAGAGAGCGAGGCGCUGACUAAAGAGAUGUCGAAUUUGGAGAAGAAGGAGGAUUACCUUGAAAAGACGUACACCAACAGCAAGAACAGCCUAGAGCAGGUGCUCAAAGGCGCCAGCUGAGCCUGUGAAGGAGUUGUUAGUGAAGAUGGAAACGCUGGAAAAGGCGGAAAACGUAUGACAAUAACGAGUACUUUUCAAACAUCACCAUAAGCAUAACGACAGCUGUUGACGUUCUAGGAAAUUGAAGCUUAAUAAGGACGAGCAACAUGCAUCUCUGCGCAA